CAUCGCGUAACGCCAUUGGCUUUGCACUACGACGCUAAAUUUCCAACUCACCGCUUCCCCGAUCUGUCUUCCAAAAUUAAGACACUUAAAUCUCGGCUGGCCUCUUCAAAGAACAGAUAUCUUUAAUCUUCUCUCCUUCGGCUGAAACGAUCUCUGCCAAAUUAUCUACGGUUUCCGAUUUCUGAGGCCUCUGGCCUCCGACCUCCGACCUCCUCUUCUUUUGCUUGGUCUCGAAACCUAUACGUUUUUUGCUGCGAAGAGGAGCGAUGGGGAUUCUUUAUGGAAUGGUCGCCAGAGGACACGUUGUUUUGGCAGAGUUCAGCGCUACACAGACCAAUGCGAGCACGAUUGCGAGGCAGAUCAUGGAGAAGAUGAAGCAGGGAGACGAUGAUAGCAAUGCUUCCUAUUCUCAUGAUCGCUAUAUCUUUCACAUCAAGAAGACUGAUGGCCUUACCGUUCUUUGUAUGGCCGAUGAAGCCUCCGGAAGGAGAAUUCCUUUUGCAUUUCUCGAAGACAUUCAUCAAAGAUUUGUAAAGACCUAUGCUCGUACAAUUCUCUCAGCUCCUGCAUAUGCCAUGAACGAUGAAUUUUCAAGGGUUCUAAGCCAACAGAUGGACCAUUUUUCAAACGAUCCAAAUGCCGAUAGGCUGAACCGCUUAAAAGGUGAAAUGAAUCAGGUGAGGAAUGUGAUGAUAGAUAAUAUUGAGAAAGUGUUGGAGAGAGGUGAUCGCUUAGCUUUGCUGGUCGAGAAAACCACAAACAUUCAAGGAAAUGCAGUUGGAUUUAGAAGGCAAUCACGUCGCUACAGAAACACUAUGUGGUGGAGAAACUUUAAACUCACAUGUUCGUUGUUGCUCAUUUUUAUGAUCGUCCUCUAUAUUGUGCUAGCAUUUUUAUGCAAAGGACUGCUACUGCCGUCCUGCUUCAAUUAAGCAGGAAAGUAGAAGAUGCAGCUAAGUGAUGUUUAUCACUUUGUUCAA